AUGGUUGAGUUUGAGAACUAUUUCUCGAUCCAGAUCUUCUUUAUCAUCCUUAGGGAGACUUUGGAGUCUGCAAUCAUCAUAUCGGUCCUUCUUUCAUUUAUAAAUCAGCGAUCUCACAAGCCCGAUGUGAUUACAACCGAUCCAGGACCAAGUCAUGCCAGCACUCACUUGCAACGAGUCCAAAGGAAAUUGAAAAUUCAAGUAUGGGUAGGUGCGAUUUUGGGUUUAGUGAUUUGUUUCAUAAUUGGGCUCGUCUUUAUUUUAGCAUUUUAUUUUGUGGGUAAAGAUUAUUGGGCCUACACUGAGCGUGUUUGGGAAGGUAUAUUUUCUAUUCUAUCGAGUAUAAUCAUCACAGUUAUGGGUAUUGGGUUACUACGUAUAAACAAGGUCAUGAAACUAAAGUGGUGGAUCAAAUUGGGUGACGCCUACAAUAAUGACCAAGAUGAGGAAGGUGAGGAGGAGAUUGCAAAAUUGGGUGACGAAGAUAACCAUAUGGAUGUUUUUGAUGAAAGCGAACCAAAUGACGGAGUUGAUAACUAUGAUGGAAUAAGAUCAAGCACGGAGUCGGAAAACGCGCCUUUAACAUCGUCGAGUCAAUUACCACCAGCUGCUUCGAAGAACUCACCAGGUCAAAGAAGACAAAAAUUCACCAAAAAGUACUUCUUGGCCAUCUUACCAUUAGUGACAACAUUGAGAGAGGGAUUGGAAGCUGUUGUUUUUGUUGGUGGUAUUGGUGUAAGCUCACCACCAUCGUCGUUCCCGUUGUCAAUUACUUGUGGACUUGCUCUCGGAGCCUUGGUGGGUUACUCUUUAUAUAAAGGAGGAAACAAAUUGUCUCUUCAAUAUUUUUUAAUCACAUCCACAUGUUUUCUUUACAUCGUGAGUGCAGGGUUGAUGAGUCGUGGAGUAUGGUUUCUCGAACUAGAAUCCUUUGUUCGCAAAUGCGGUGGAUUGGACGUCAGUGAGACUGGUAGUGGACCAGGGUCGUAUGACAUUACUAAAAGUGUAUGGCAUGUUAACUGUUGCAAUGGGCUAAAAGAUGGCGGGUGGAUGGUGCUUAAUGCUAUUUUCGGGUGGACAAAUUCGGCUACCUACGGUAGUGUGAUUACGUAUUUUGCCUAUUGGUCUUUUGUCAUUACUUGGUUGAAUAUCAAGCUAUAUGAAGAAAGAGAAGGUGUAUUGCCAUUGGUUCCUAUUAAAUGGCAGUUGAAGCGAAUUAGAAAGAAAAUCAGGUUGUAUGAGUUGAGGAACAGCCAAAGCUUACACACGAUCGGACAGUCACAACAGGAAGAUAGAGCCGUGGUGGUGGAACAACAAGGCUUAUUGGAAUGA